AUUUCGCUAUCGGCCUUUGUCGCGCCAACCUCGUUUGUAGUCGUGCGAUUACAACGCUCCCAGUGUCACGGGUUUGAGAGGCAAAAAUCGAAAUCUUCGCGCAUUGUCUGUCAUUCAAAAUUUUUAUUUGAAUUUCUUCACAAUCUAAAAAAAAACAUGGGUGUUCCUGCUGGCAAUGCUGAGAAUGGAAAGAAGAUCUUCGUCCAAAGAUGUGCCCAGUGUCACACUGUUGAGUCUGGCGGCAAACACAAAGUAGGACCCAACCUACAUGGAUUCUUCGGUCGCAAGACUGGUCAAGCAUCUGGCUUUGCUUACUCAGAUGCGAACAAAGCCAAAGGUAUCACCUGGAAUGAGGACACCCUCUUUGAAUACCUCGAGAACCCCAAGAAAUACAUCCCUGGAACCAAAAUGGUGUUCGCCGGCUUGAAGAAGCCCAACGAGCGCGCAGAUCUUAUUGCCUAUCUAAAGGAUGCUACUAAGUAAAUCAUUUUUAGGAAAUAGUACGAAGUAGGAAGGAAGUUCCAUAAUAUUUCUGGAAUUUUCUUUCUAUUUUUAGCCCAAUCAGUAUCAUCAAUUUGCAUAUUGCAAUAGUGAUAGUUGCAAAAUGUUUAGGCAAAUAUUUACUCAUUACCAUGUCAUAUUUAUUGUAGUCGUACUGAGUGUAACUGUGAGCGAUGGAUACCUAACAACAAUGAUGUGAGUUAUUUGAUGUUAUUAAAUUAUUAAUUGACGUCACAUUUA